GCACAAUUACCUGUGUGCGGGAAGGAAUGACUGCAUAAUUGAUAAGAUUCGGAGGAAGAACUGCCCAGCCUGUCGAUUACAGAAAUGUCUGCAAGCUGGAAUGAAUUUAGGAGCCCGGAAGUCAAAAAAGCUGGGGAAGUUGAAAGGGAUGCACGAGGAGCAGCCCCAGCAGCGGCAGCAGCCACCGCCCCAGAGCCCCGAGGAGGGGACGACGUACAUCGCACCCGUGACAGAGCCCUCUGUAAACACAGCACUUGUUCCCCACAUGUCUGCUAUCUCACCAGCACUUACUCCCUCUCCUGUCAAGAUCCUUGAAAGCAUUGAACCGGAGAUCGUGUACGCAGGAUACGACAGUUCGAAGCCAGACACAGCAGAGUACCUGCUGUCCACCUUAAACCGCCUGGCCGGCAAGCAGAUGAUUCAGGUGGUGAAGUGGGCAAAGAUACUUCCAGGAUUCAGAAACUUGCCUCUCGAGGACCAAAUUACUUUAAUUCAGUAUUCAUGGAUGUGUCUGUCAUCGUUUGCCUUGAGUUGGAGGUCAUACAAACACACAAACAGCCAGUUCCUCUAUUUUGCUCCAGACCUGAUCUUCGAUGAGGAACGGAUGCGCCAGUCUGCCAUGUUUGAACUGUGCCAGGGGAUGCACCAGAUCAGUCUGCAGUUUGUUCGUCUGCAGCUUAGCUUUGAGGAGUACACUAUCAUGAAAGUUUUGCUGCUUUUAAGCACAGUUCCCAAGGAUGGUCUCAAAAGCCAAGCUGCAUUUGAAGAAAUGAGGGCAAAUUACAUUAAAGAACUAAAGAAGAUGGUAACUAAAUGUCCAAGUAACUCUGGGCAAAGCUGGCAGAGAUUCUACCAACUGACUAAACUUCUUGACUCCAUGCAUGAUCUUGUUAGUGACUUAUUGGAAUUCUGCUUCUACACCUUCCGAGAGUCUCAGGCACUGAAAGUAGAGUUUCCAGCCAUGCUGGUGGAAAUCAUCAGUGACCAGCUACCAAAGGUGGAAUCUGGGAAUGCCAAGCCCCUGUACUUUCACAGGAAGUGAUAGAAAAAUGUCUUAAAUGGAAGAACUUUGCCUUAAGUUUCCCUGUGUUAUUCCACACCCAUGAAGGACCCAAGAAACCAUAUUUUAAACAUGCUAUUUACAUCAGCAGUCUCUGAAUAGUCUCAAAUCAUACGAAGGGUUUUGGGGGAAUGGAAAGCAGUUGACUCGGAUUUGGCAAGACCUAGAUGUUUGGAAAUUACCCCAUAACCCUAAAACACUUAGAAAAUGUUCCUGUUCCUCUGGAUGAAAAGCCAUAUCUAGUCAAUAACUCUUUGAUUUUGAUAUUUUAACAGAUGGAGUUUUAAAUACGCCAUGUAGUUUCUGGUAUUGUUUGCUUGUUUUAAAAGGGUUCGAGAACUAAUGAGAACUUUUUAAAGCUUACCCUUGGUUUGCACAUAAAACGUAAAAGUCAAUAUGGGGCAUUAAUAUUCUUUUCUUGUAAAAAACAAAAAGAAACAAAAAAAAAAAAAGAAACGAAAGCUAUAUAUAUACACACAUAUAUACACACACACACACAAACCCUAACGUGUAAAGUAAUAACAGAACAUUUGGUGUGGAAUACUCCGUUAUCCCCACCUGUGGCAUUUGUUAUCCCAUGUUAUCCCAUCAUAGAUGAUAUACACUGUGUUAAGUGUCCAUUUACUAUUUAAUUCAGAAGGAUAAGAUGUGAAAAACAAAUGCCCUGGUAUCAAUUUAUAGUAUCUAUUGUGCUGGCUUUACAAAUAAUUUUUUGCAGUCUUUUGCUGUACUGUACAUUGCUGUAUGUAUAAAUUGUGAAGGACCUGAAAUAAGGUGUAAGGAACUUUUGUAAAUGAGACAAAAAAAAAAUCUUUAAUGGUUAAUAGGAUGAACGGGAAAGUAUUUUUGAAAGAACUCUAUUUUGCUGGAGACUAUUUAAGUACUAUCUUUGUCUAAACAAACAAGGUAAUUUUUUUGUAAAGUGAAAUGUUCUGCAUGCAUAAUGAACCGUUUACAGUGUAUUUAAGAAAGGGAAAGCUGUGCCUUUUUUUAGCAUCAUAUCUAAUUUACCAUCCUACAGUAUCUGUUGUAAAUAACCAUAAUGCUUAACCU